AGCCCAUCGAAUGUAAGGUUAAAGCGAGCCGAUAAUUCGACGUGAUUUGUCACAGCUCGAUUGCCAUUGCGCAGGGUUACUGUCAGUCAGUCCGGUCCCAAUUGUCUCGAUAAAUGCACCGGUCUUUAGUUUUUUUACGCCACCACUGAUAAUGUACGCGAGUGUAUAGUUUUAUCAACGAUUACGUCUGCCGUGAAAAGGUACUAACACCACAAGAUGAGCACCGACAUAAAACCGAGUAUACGGAUGGAUAAUUUCAGUUCGACGGCUGAGCUGACGAACAAUUUGGGCUUCCAAUCAUCACUAAGCAUAGCAUCUAAAGAUGUCAGUGAAAAACCUUACAACCCUUUCGAUCAUCGCAAGUUGGAACACCCGAACUCUACAAUUGGAUCAAUAGUACACCUACUGAAAGCAUGUCUGGGCUCUGGAAUAUUGGCCAUGCCCGCCGCAUUCAAGAACGCGGGUCUGGUUGCGGGAGCCAUCGGCACUCUGUUAGCCGGCAUCAUAUGCACACACACAGUUCAUAUUCUGGUCAAAACAUCUCAAGAAGUCUGCGUGGAUGCUAAAACACCUUCAAUGAGUUUCGCUGAAACUUGCGGGGCCGCCUUCACGUACGGCCCAAAGAGGGUUCAAACUUGGGGUGGUGUCAUGAAAAAAAUCACAGACGUAUCAAUGACUUUGGCAUACCUUGGAGUAUUAUGCGUGUAUGUUGUGUUCAUUGCAUCUUCCUUCAAAGAGGUCCUCGACCCAAUAUAUCCGGACAACAUUAUGUCGAUCCAACUUUACUGCAUAUUCACCCUGAUACCUUUGGUGUUAAUCUGCCAAAUCAGGAACCUCAAAUAUCUGGUGCCGUUUUCUGCAAUCGCCAAUGCUCUGAUAAUGGUUGUCUUUGUGAUUACCUUGUACUAUGUGUUCCUCGAUCUGCCUUCACCGAACGAGAGAGAAAUGGUGGCCAGUGUAACGCAGUGGCCUUUAUUUUUGAGCACAGUUAUUUUUGCAAUGGAAGGUAUAGGCGUGGUGAUGCCAGUAGAAAAUGAGAUGGCAAACCCUAAGAGGUUCCUCGGCUGUCCAGGGGUGCUCAACGUAGCCAUGGUGGUCGUCAUUUCCCUAUAUGGAAUCGUGGGUUUCUUCGGGUACAUCCAAUACGGUGAUCACGUCAAGGGCAGCAUCACUUUGAACUUACCGGAGGACUCUAUAUUCGCACAGAGUGCUAAGCUUUUGAUGGCUCUAUGUAUUUUCUUUACCUACGCUCUGCAAUUCUAUGUACCAAUGGAAAUGGUCACAAGGUACCUUGAACAAAGAGGUGCACCUACAUGCAACAACGUUAUUCAGAUAGGCAUAAGGACCGGAAUCGUUUUGUUCACUGUUGUCGUCGCAGCAGCAUUCCCUAAUCUUGAGCUGGUGAUCAGUUUAGUCGGAGCCGUCUUCUUCUCAACGCUGGGCCUCUUGAUACCUGCCAUCGUCGACACGGUGUACCACUGGGACAAAGGUCGUUUCUGGUACACAGACUGUCUAUUGCCAUCUAGCGUGGCAAUGCUGCAUUCAUAAUGGGCACAUUUGCGCCAGGAACGACAAGGAACAACCGUUCGUCAACAUAGUGUAACAUCAGUAACAGAACGUUUCAAUGCUCUUACGACAAAUUUCUGGACCAGAUCGGUACUGACAAGCUUUACAACUACAUUACCUACAGGGAAAAAUCUACUGGAAAAAGUAAGUUCGCCAUCCCCACAAAACAAUUCUAUAGAGCUGGCAUCAACGAAUAUCUGCCAAUUUACAUAUCCUUUUGGAUUCCAUUUAGCACGGCGCACGCCAUCUCUACCACCUCGAUUUAAAGAUACAUAUUGAGAUUCACUAUCAUAACGAAGUGUCACUUCUGCAGACGCAUCAUUAGCUGAUAUUAUUACUUCAAAGCUCUUGCUUUUCUUUGCAGUUACAAGAAUCUCGGCGGUCUUAUCUGGCAAAGGCACCAUUUUAUUAUUCGUAUUAAUACCCAUGAAUAAUGUAUCACCUCUUAUGUUAGCAAUUUCUGAAACUGGUUUUUGUAAAAGUAUAUUAUCUUUAGAAAGGGAUAAUAUUCUAGGUAUAGUCAUCUGACCAGUAAAACCGUCGGGGCCUUCUGGAUAAUUUUGUUCCCAUAUAUCAAACCAACCAAUAACAAUUCUACGCCCGUUAUCUUCCAUAGUUUGUGUAGCAUAAAAAUCAUGACCACGAUCUAAUUCUACAAAUGGAGUGAUUGGCUUGAAUUUCUUCGAGCUGUAAUCAAAGUUACCAACUAUGUAACCGGUCUGGUAAAUAUUAUUGUACAAAUCCCCUUGUGGUUUGACACCUUGUGGUGAAAACAGAAGCACAAACUUUCCAUCAAAUUCAAAUAAAUCUGGACAUUCCGACAUAUAGCCAAAAAAACUAUCGGGUUCUUGAAGAAUAGAUACUUCGUUCCAGUUAUAUUUAUCUUCAGAUUCGUAUAGAAGAACACGACCGAAUGUUUCGGUGCCUUUCUUUACUGAAUUACCUAAUAACAUAUAAUACUUUCCUUCGUGUUUCCAUACUUUGGGGUCUCUUAUAUUAGGUUGAUGAGUUUCCCCUUUUAAUACGGCAUUACGUGCGUAUUUUAACAAGUUAAUUCCAUCAACACUUAUAGCAAGUGCUUGUUCCUCAAUGUCAGUAUUUCCUGUAUAGUACACGUACAUGAUAUUAUUUUCGAUUAGAGCACUUCCGGAGAACACACCUCUAUAGUCGUAUAUAUGGUCUGGAUAAAGUGCUAUAGGAAGAUGUUCCCAGUGAAACAUAUCUUUGCUUCUAGCAUGCCCCCAAUGGGCGAUACCUGGUACUAAGCUGCUAUUAGGAUUGAAUUGGUAGAAAAGGUGAUAAUCAUUUUUGAAAACACAGAAGCCGUUGGGAUCGUUCAUAAAUCCGUAAGGUGGUGCUAAGUGGUAUCGUGGAUAGAACCGUUCCUUCACGCAAGAUUCUGUGCCACUGAGAAGAACUAUGCUUAUAACAAUCAGUAGCUUUCUCAUGAUGACGUUGGAUCUUAUAAAUACAAAACGGUAAUUUGUGACGUUCCUCUCCUUGCAGUGUUAAAUGUACUCACUUGAUUGGGAGAAUGCUGCUCCUUGCUUAGCUUUUUUUGUUUGCUGCUAAUAAAGCGCUAUAUCUUAAAAUUUAAUGAGUUGUAGAAACUGAACCAUAUCGUCCCAUUUAUUUCAUUUUAUAGCUGAUUAAUAAUUUGUGUUAUUACAGUUGUUCAAUUGAACGUAUUCUGCGUAUUUGCAUUGUGUUUAAUUGUUCU